CAACAAGUUUCUCUUGUUGAGGUUACGUAAUUCUUCUCCAUAAUUUUCGACAAAUUUGGUGUUUUUUGUGGUUUCGUUUUCUCAAGAGGUGUAAUUAUUUUCGAACCUCUCGUGGUCUCAAGAUUUGGUCAGUUAAUUGAGAAGCAAGAAAAACACAUUUCAAGAAAGGAUGCCAAUAUUGAAAAAUGUUUUUCAAUUUUUGACAGUUACAAGCUUUAUCAGAUUAACAAAUCUACAAUUCUUGGGAAGUUCUCUCUAUGGAGCCCUUGGCGGAUACAACGAUAAUGACAUGUGCAGAUACAUAUCUUGCCCAUUCGGUCAAUACUGUUGGAAUGGAAACUGUCUCUCAAGUGGAACCACGUCGAUGAUGGGAUCUCGAGCUCUGGGCUACGGUGGUCCUGCAGGAAUGGGAAUGAUGGGUGGAGGUCUUGGAGCUUUGACAUCGGCAGCAGCUCUUUAUGGUGGUGGAGCAGGGCUUGGUGGGAUGGGAGGAUAUGGUGGAGGAUUUGGAGCUGCUAGUAGAGGUAUCUCCGUAGGCGGAAACGUUGCAACUGGAGUCACCCCAUAUGGAGCAAACGCUGCAAAUGCUCCAUUAGCUGCUGGUCCUAUUCCGUCAACUGUUGGCGGAAUGCAACCUUGCUCGCUCGUUCAACAAUGCUUCAACGGUCAAAUCUGCGUAAACGGGUACUGCAGCAAGAGUAAUGUCGCUUUUCAAGGAAGUCAAGUAAUGCCAUCGGAAACCACUUGUAUGACCGGUGCCACGUGUCCAGUGGGUCAAUAUUGUAUCGGUGGAAUUUGUGUGCAAAAUCCGAUGUCUACAACAUUUGCUUGCCACAACCUAAUAUCUUGUCCAAUGGGAAUGAUCUGUCAAUUUGGAAGGUGCCUGCCAAAUGGAAUGCCACCAAACAUGAUGAUGAUGAAUCAGAUGUAUGGAAAAUGAUUAUUCGAGUUUUUGUAAAGUCUGGUUUGGUUAUUUUUUAAAUGUAAAUAUAUAUUUUUCUUCUAGUCAAUAAAUUUGUUAUUUAAAAAAA